AUGACGACCGAGAAUCGAAGUUCCGAGACCAUUGGUACAAAGGAUAAAGGGGUGCUUAAGUCGAUACGAAGGUUAUCUAGGGUGAUGUCUAGGAGAAGCCAUUCGGGUGAGACGAGAAAAUCCAAUAAAAAAAAAGAGGAUACGGAUGAAGAAGUUGUCACGCAUGAGAAUCCAAUCGUCUUGUUCGAGGUGGAAGACACAUUUCUGAAAAGUCAAAGGAUCGAGAAAGGACACGAGAGAAAGGCUUCUAUGUCAGCUCAGCUUUCUGAUGAGAAUGGAAAGGAAUUAUUUGAACCCAGUUCCAUAUUCUCAAGCAAGACAUCCCCAGCAACCUUUGCGGGUCAGAGAACCCAAGAUGAGAUUUUUGACUACAGCAAGAGGCAAACUGGUAGGAGACCAUUAUUGCAGUCGAUGAAUUCAAGAACAGAACGCCAUGAGCCCAUGCUUAUACCUGGACCACAACAUGAACAGCAGGCUACAUCACAAUCGACGACGAAACCAGAGUGGGUCUCAACAGUCAGGAACAAAGAUGAUGCAGUGCUGGCCAAGACGAGAGACCAAGACAAAUCACAAUUGAGACAUGAAAUUGUUUCUCGACGCCAUGAAAGGUUUAGGUCUUCAACCGGGUCCCAAAUUGAGAAAGCUGCGAGCCCCAACCUUUCAAUAGUAAGCGCCAAAGAGCCACCUGAAAAGACGUUGGAGAGUGCAGAGGCAGAUGGCGAAACGGGUUCCAAAGAAGUAUCCGAAGCCAGUGAGCGGCCACAGUCUUUAUUCCAUUCUAAAUCUCAAAGAAUUGUUGCACGCAAUUAG